AUGAGAAUUGAGAAGAGAAGGAGAGGAGAAGAGGCGAAGGUAGACGAAUACACCCCAAAGCAAAGCAAAACCUAACUGCAGGCAGGCAGGGCAGGCAGCAAACACACACACAGAUACAUACACACAUACAGAGAGAGAGAGAGAGAGCCCAUUCCAUUUUCUUGCCAUAUCCCUCCCGUAUCGUCCGUCAUCUGUCUGUUUCCUUCCCAUCGGGGGCGAUGAAACACCAUCAACAAUCCCAGAACGACGUCGCCGUCUCCUCCUCCGACGCCGCCUUCACCUCCCUGGCAGUGCCGCUCGCCUCCCAUCGUGCAUCGGACAAGCCCCCCUCCAUGCCCGUCGAGGAUCCGCUGCGCGAUGCCUCCCCCUCCCUCGCCUCCACCGCCUCCUCCGACUCCGUCGUCGUCGACCGGAGGACCGAUUAUUCCGCCGUCUGCAAAUGGACUAUCGCCAAUUUCCCAAGAAUCAAAUCGCGGGCACUCUGGAGUAAAUACUUCGAAGUCGGGGGUUUCGAUUGCCGCCUGCUGAUUUACCCUAAAGGGGAUUCCCAGGCGCUCCCGGGCUAUCUCUCUAUUUAUCUACAGAUUAUCGACCCGCGAAACACAGCUUCCUCUAAGUGGGAUUGCUUCGCAAGUUAUCGUCUUGCCAUUGAUAAUCUUUCGGACCCGUCCAAGUGCGUGCACAGGGACAGCUGGCAUCGAUUCUCCUCCAAGAAGAAGUCCCAUGGAUGGUGCGAUUUCGCCUCUCUCAAUUCUCUUCUAGACCCCAGGAUUGGCUUCCUCCACUCAUCCAAUGACUGCAUUCUCAUCACCGCCGAUAUAUUGAUUCUUCACGAGUCCUUUUCCUUCUCGCGCGACAAUCACGAUUUGCAGUCGAAUAAUGCGUCUGUGACGGGCGGAGGAGGCGUUAUUGGCCCUGUGGUUGGGGACGUCUUGAGUGGGAAGUUCACUUGGAAAGUGCAUAAUUUCACCUUGUUUAAGGAGAUGAUAAAAACUCAGAAAAUAAUGAGCCCUGUUUUCCCAGCUGGGGAGUGUAACUUGCGCAUUAGUGUGUACCAGAGUGUCGUCAAUGGUGUGGAGUAUCUGUCUAUGUGUUUGGAGAGCAAGGACACUGAGAAGAACUCACUGACAACGGAUAGGAGUUGCUGGUGUUUGUUUAGGAUGUCAGUGUUGAAUCAGAAGCAGAAACCGGGUAAUGGGAACCCCGUGCACCGGGAUAGCUAUGGCCGCUUUGCGGCAGACAAUAAGAGCGGAGACAACACAAGUUUGGGCUGGAAUGACUAUAUGAAAAUGUCGGAUUUCUUGGGGCCUGAGGCGGGAUUCUUGGUGGACGACACUGCUGUUUUCAGCACAUCUUUCCAUGUUAUUAAGGAGCUGAGCAGUUUCUCCAAGAGUGGCACACUUGUAGGUGGAAGAAAUGGGGGGAAUCAGAGGAAGUCUGAUAGUUAUAUGGGAAAGUUUACAUGGAGAAUUGAGAAUUUUACCAGGUUGAAGGAUCUUUUGAAAAAGAGGAAAAUUACUGGGCUUUGCAUUAAGAGUAGGAGGUUUCAGAUUGGAAAUCGGGAUUGUCGCCUCAUUGUUUACCCUAGAGGGCAGUCUCAGCCUCCGUGCCACCUAUCAGUGUUUCUUGAGGUGACAGACUCUCGAGCAAAUGGCAAUGAUUGGAGUUGUUUUGUGAGCCAUCGCUUGGCAGUUUUGAACCAAAGAAUGGAAGAAAAAUCUGUUACAAAGGAAUCUCAAAACCGUUACUCCAAGGCGGCAAAGGAUUGGGGUUGGAGAGAGUUUGUGACACUUACUAGCCUUUUUGACCAGGAUUCGGGAUUUCUUGUUCAGGAUACUGUUGUCUUCACUGCUGAGGUUCUUAUAUUGAAAGAAACAUCCAUAAUUCAGGAUUUUAAUGACCAAGCAUCUAGUUCAGGUGAUACAUCUUCUCAGUCGGAGGGAGAUGAGAAGAAGAUUUCAUUCACAUGGAAAGUGGAGAAUUUUUUGUCCUUCAAGGAAAUAAUGGAGACUAGAAAAAUAUUUAGCAAGUUCUUUCAAGCUAGUGGAUGUGAGCUUCGGAUUGGAGUAUACGAGUCUUUUGAUACUAUAUGUAUAUAUUUGGAGAGUGACCAAUCAGUUGGAAGUGACUCCGAGAAAAACUUCUGGGUCAGAUACAGGAUGGCUAUAGUGAAUCAAAAAACUCCAUCUAAAACAGUUUGGAAGGAGUCUUCCAUUUGUACAAAGACAUGGAACAAUUCUGUUCUCCAAUUUAUGAAGGUAUCUGACAUGUUAGAAGCCGAUUCAGGAUUUAUUAUGCGUGACACAGUUGUGUUUGCUUGUGAGAUCCUGGACUGCUGCCCAUGGUUUGAGUUUUCGGACUUGGAGGUUUUAGCUUCUGAAGAUGAUCAAGAUGCUCUGACAACAGACCCUGAUGAACUCAUUGAUUCCGAUGAUAGUGAAGGUCUAAGUGGUGAUGAUGAAGACAUAUUCAGGAACCUGUUAUCCAGGGCAGGGUUUCACCUCACUUAUGGAGAUAAUUCUUCCCAGCCCCAGGUUACAUGUAGAGAGAAACUGCUCAUGGAUGCUGGAGCAAUAGCUGGUUUCCUGACUGGACUGCGAGUAUAUCUUGAUGACCCUGCGAAAGUAAAGAGAUUGCUGCUUCCAACAAAAAUAUCUAGCUGCAGUGAUGGCAAAAAGACUAAUAAGAGUGAUGGAUCAUCUCCUAGUUUGAUAAAUUUGCUGAUGGGAGUCAAAGUUUUGCAAAAAGCAAUAAUUGAUUUACUUUUAGAUAUAAUGGUUGAGUGUUGCCAACCUUCUGAGGGGAUUUCAGGUGAUGAUUCCUCUGAUAUUAGCUCCAAACCUUCCAUAGAUGGCAGUGGUGCAGUUAGUCCUCUGGAAUCUGAUGGAAAUAAUGGAGCGACCGAACCCGCAGCACUCACGAUAGAGGAGAGAUUAGACCUAGGAGUGGGAGAAUCUGCAAAUGUAUCAGCUGUACAAAGCUCUGAUCUGAAUGAGACUUGCAUAAAUACCAAAGCAGUUCCAGGACAGCCUAUUUGUCCACCUGAGACAUCUGCUGUUUCACUGGAAAACCCCUCACUUCGGUGCAAGACUAAUUGGCCAGAGCAGUCAGAGGAGCUUCUUGGAUUGAUUGUGGACUCUUUGAGAGCUCUUGAUGGAGCUGUCCCCCAAGGUUGUCCUGAGCCACGAAGGCGACCUCAAUCUGCUCAAAAAACUUCCCUCGUAUUAGAUAAAGCUCCAAAGCAUCUUCAACCAGACAUAGUUGCACUAGUGCCAAAAUUAGUUGAGCUGUCAGAACAUCCUAUCAUUGCUUGUUCCCUUUUAGAUCGUCUCUUGAAGGCUGACGCAGAACCUACAUUACGCUUGCCGGUUUUUGGGGCUCUUAGUCAGUUGGAGUGCAGCAGUGAAGUAUGGGAGCGUGUUCUUUUUCAGUCAUUGGAACUUUUGGAAUAUUCUAAUGAUGAACCUCUUGCAGCCACAGUGGAUUUCAUAUUUAAAGCUGCACUAAAUUGUCAACAUCUUCCAGAUGCCGUACGGGCAGUGCGAACCAGAUUAAAGAAAUUGGGUACGGAUGUCUCUCCAUGUGUCUUAGAUUAUCUAAGUCGGACUGUAAAUAAUUGUGCUGAUAUUGCUGAAUCUAUUCUUCGGGAUAUUGAUAGCGAUUAUAUUGUUGAUAAUUUCUCGCCAAACCAUUGCGGGCUUUUUGUAUUUGGUGAAAGCGGAUCGACAACUCAAAGAUUACAAUCCGGUGAAGAUGAAACUUCUCAUGAUAGUUCUCAGUUUUCCGAUAUCUAUAUUUUAAUCGAAAUGUUAGCCAUACCUUGUCUAAUGGUUGAAGCUGCCCAAACUUUUGAGAGAGCUAUAGCUCGUGGGGCUUUUUUUCCUCAGUCUGUAGCAGUGACCUUGGAAAGAUGUCUUUCUGGACAAUUGAAUUUGACUUCACAGUAUGUUGCUGAGAAUCUUCAUCAGCCCGAUAUAGUUGUCGAAGGAGAAUCUGUUGAACAAGUGAGAGCACAUCAAGAUUAUUUCACUUUGGUACUUAGUCUUGCUGAGACAUUGGCUCUUUCAAGAGAUUCUCGGGUCAAAGGAUUUGUGAAGGCCCUUUAUGGUAUGUUGUUCAAACAGUUUGCGGAUGAGUCUCAUAGAUUAAGAAUGUUAAAGCGACUUGUUGAUCAUGCUUCAACUACUGAUGCGAAUCGCGACAUAGACUUGGAAAUUUUAGCUACCUUAGCGUGCCAGGAUCAGGAAACAGUAAAACCAGUUCUUAGAAUGAUGAGGGAGGCUGCUGAUAUUGCAAAUGUUGAUCGAGCCGAACUUUGGCAUCAGUUAUGUGCCUAUGAAGAUGAUAUUGCUCGCAUUCGUGAAGAGAAAAAGGCUGAAGUUUCCUGUAUAUCUAAAGAAAAAGCUGCUUUAUCUCGGAGGCUUAGUGAAUCUGAGGCAACUAAUAGCCGUCUCAAGUCUGAAAUGAAGGCAGAGAUGGAUCGGUUUGCUCGGGAAAGAAAAGAACUUACAGAGCAGAUGCAAGAAAUCGAGAAUCAACUUGAGUGGGUGCGUUCUGAAAGGGAUGAUGAAAUUACAAAGCUUAUUGCUGAGAAGAAAACUCUUCAGGAUCGUCUACAUGACGCAGAAGCACAGCUCUCUCAGUUGAAAUCUCGAAAACGUGAUGAAUUGAAGAGAGUAUUGAAGGAGAAAAAUGUUCUAACCGAGAGGCUAAAGAGUGCCGAAGCAGCACGCAAAAGGUUUGAUGAAGAGUUGAAAAGAUUUGCAACAGAAAAUGUGAGCCGAGAGGAGUUAAGAAAAUCACUAGAGGACGAAGUCCGGCGGCUGACGCAAACAGUAGGAGAAACAGAAGGAGAGAAACGCGAGAAGGAGGAACAGAUUGCUCGAUGUGAGGCAUAUAUUGAUGGAAUGGAAUCCAGACUGCAGACGUGCGAGCAAUACAUAUGUCAUCUGGAGGGUCAACUCCAGGACGAAAUGACGCGGCAUGCUCCACUAUAUGGCGCUGGCUUGGAAGCUUUAUCGAUGAAGGAGCUGGAGACCAUAGCCCGAAUCCACGAGGAAGGGCUGAGGCAAGUGCACGCCAUCCAACAACGUAAAGGAAGCCCGGUUGGGAGCCCUCUGGUAGGUUCCCACACUCAUGGUGCGUAUCCUUCUCCCAGCCCCCCUCCUCCCGUGGCUGUUGGAUUACCUUCGUCUCUGGUUCCAAAUGGUGUCGGGAUCCAUAGUAAUGGGAAUGUGAACGUGAAUUUGAAUAGCGGUGGUAGUGUUAGCCCUUGGUUUAAUCACUAGAACUGAUAAUAGUAACAAUAAUCUUCUGUCGGGCGACUAGUGGUGGCUGUGCCGCGGCCGGGCUGGGCUAGGCUGAGAUAUAUGCUGCUGCAGUGAUAUAGUGUUUUUUCUUGCCAUUUUGUUGGAACUGUUGGAAUGCCUCAAGGUUGAUUCAUAAGAUGUUAUUAUGAUUGGUAGCUUUUCUAAUGGCAUAUUUGAAAGAGUUCAUUUAGUUGCAAGGCUAUUUUCACUUCAA